UCUCGCGAGGGCUUCAACUGUGCUCUAAAUUUUAGAGUUUAGACUCGAAAGCCUUAGCUGUUGUCGUCGCGGUUAUGGACGACGACGACGAUCUGCCGCCUCUCGCCAUCCGCGUCAAAGAAGAAGUGAUUCAACCAAUUUCUUCCGAAACUACCUCGGUGGAAUCUCCGGUCGGAGUUACUGUCAUCACUGGCUACCUUGGCGCUGGAAAAUCUACGUUAGUUAAUUAUGUCUUGAAUGCCCAACAUGGAAAGAAGAUUGCUGUGAUCUUGAAUGAAUUUGGGGAAGAAAUUGGAGUUGAGAGGGCAAUGAUCAAUGAGGGCGAUGGUGGUGCACUUGUAGAAGAGUGGGUGGAGCUAGCGAAUGGGUGUGUUUGUUGCACAGUCAAGCACAGCCUUGUACAAGCCCUGGAACAGCUUGUUCAGAGGAAAGAGAGACUUGACCAUAUAUUGCUUGAGACAACUGGAUUGGCUGAUCCUGCGCCCCUUGCUUCUAUCCUUUGGUUGGAUGAUCAGCUAGAAUCAGCAGUUACUCUUGAUUCUAUAAUCACUGUUGUGGAUGCAAAAAAUCUACAACAGCAGCUUGAGGAGCAUCGCAAAUCUUCUUCAUUUCCUGAAGCAUUCCUUCAGAUAGCAUUUGCUGAUGUUGUGAUUUUGAACAAAAUUGACUUGGUUUCACAAGAAUAUGGCACUUCAACUUUGCUUGAAGAAUUGGAAAAGGAAAUCUAUAAUAUCAAUUCAUUUACUAAUAUCAUACGUACAGUUCGUUGCCAAGUUGAUCUGUGUAAAAUUUUGGAUUGUCACGCCUAUGGUGCUAAGCAUACAGCUCAUUUGGAGAAGCUUUUAGAAGAGAGUAAAUCUACAAUUAGCAAAAAUCGUCAUGAUUACACUCUGUGCACACUGUGCAUUUAUGAGGAGCAACCAGUUGACUUAAAUAUGGUUCACUCAUGGAUUGAGGAUCUUCUGUGGGAGAAGAAGUCUAAUAUGGAUAUCUAUCGCUGCAAAGGGGUUUUGAACAUCCUCAACUCCGAUCAACUGCAUACUCUCCAGGCAGUAAGAGAGGUAUAUGAGAUUGUACCAGCUCGCAUAUGGAGGCAAGGGGAAAAGCAAACGAGCAAGAUAGUUUUCAUAGGUCAUAAUCUGGAUGUUAGUAUUCUCAGUGAUUCUUUCAGAUCUUGCACAGCACUAAGUGGACGCUGAUUUAGGGAUUGCUUGAUAACAACUGAGCCUCUGGAGCCUUUUUCUUAUUCCUCCUGUCACUGAGUGUUUAUUACCAAACUAUACAAAAGCAAUGUCUAAUAAUUAGUCCCAAUUGUUCGAGGUCAACUAUAUGAUUUAUUCCGUGAUUGAGAAUAGAUAGCUUUUGAGUUCCCAAGCACUCAAAUUUAGGUGAAGGUGAGUUUCAAAUCCAAGAUCAACUUGUAAGUUUCUUACCAACUAAACUAUGGGGCACCCUCAUCCUGUCAUUAAACUAUGAUAAUGGGUUUAGGGUUUAGGACUCUACUAUAGUACAACAUUUUGGUCCUCAUCAAGUAGAAAAAAAACUAGAAGAGGCAGUGACACUGAAAGAAAACUGAAUCGGGAUCUUUUUCCUCCACUUAUGAUAGUCAUCAGGUUCUAUUCAUUAUUCUGCAACAACCAUUAGUUGGGAUUGCCUUUCUCGAGGUAAUGAAUCUUCAACAUGUUUUGAUAUUCAAAUAGUGCUUAUUUGUGUCCAAGCCUUCUUGGCGAUCGAGCUUAAUUGUAGUGCUAUAUUUACUAUUCUUGUUCAUGCUCCAACAACGAACUAUUUAUUGAUAGGCAAUAUUUCUUUAUAAUACAUAUCGGAUUCUCAUCUAUUCUACCUU